AUGCGAACGAGAAGCCAGACAUCACCAACGCUCCACGUCCAAGCUGAGGCCCGCCUCCUUCAAGAGAAGGUCGACUCUUCCAUCCUCAACAUCGCCAACUUCAGCAACGAAGGUGUGUCGCCAGACGAAGUUCGCACGAAGUUUGACGGGUCUUCCAGCGUGCGGUUGUACAUCGAAUUGAAAAACCGUGCGGCCUGCUACCCCCUCGACAAGGUUAUCGACGCUUUGAUUGAGGCUCGGGGCAUCAGAAAGGCUGGGUUAGCAGGUGCCGGCAUCAGCAAGAAAAAGCUUUGGGUCCCAUCUGACGUCAAGAGAGCGGAGGAGAUUCUCCAACGCGACCAGAAGUCCGCACCUGUUGACACCAAGCUUCUCGUCGGCGAUAUCCCCGAUAUCAAGAGUUCCGAGGGUGAUUCCGGUCCCAUGAGCGAAAAAGAAACUCUCAUCGAGAACGUGGGCCACACGGCCGUGAAACUUGAAUCCGAGCAGCAAAUCGAGGAAGGCGAUCAGCAAGUCGAGGAAGACUACCACGUCACAUCUUCAGUUACACCUCAUAACUGCACCAAGCUGGACGACGAGCACGACGGCUACAUGGAAACAGCCGUGCCGCCCGUUGAGAACAGCCGAAGCCUUGCUCCUGGAACCGAGCUCACUGGGGCAACCAUGGUAACCUGUCUCCAGAUACUCCUCGGAGCUGUUGCUUCAUCCAAAUGGUCCAUGAUUCCCUCGGAUUUUGAUGUGGCGGAAGCUGGGGUCUACGAAGAGGACUUAGAGGGCGCCGAGAAGGUUCUGGUUCCAUUGCACAUCGAAAACCCCAAGCAUUGGGUCCUUCUUGCGAUCAGGCCAGACCCUCCAGAAGUGGAAGUUUUUGACUCAAUGUCCGAUGUGUCCUCGUGGAAAAAGAACAUCGAAGCAUCCGUCGGCAACCUUUGCCGCGGUCACCUCGGCAAAUUUCUCGGUUCGCGCACGCCGACAGUGGUAUAUCGGCAAAGUCUGCAGCAAGUUGGAGACAAAGACUGUGGGGUUUACACCCUCGUCAACGCCGCCUACCUGAUCGCAGGAAGAAGGGCCCCCGUAAACACCGACCCAAAUGUGUGGAGAAAAGCACUUGCCUCCUUUGAGUACGGAUCUGCCCUUGACGCAGAGGAUGCCCCAUGGAGGCUCCGUCCAGAGCUCGACUUGGCGGGUUACGACGAAAAGGAAGACAUGUUCUACGCCAGGAAAGGGCAACGCGUCACCGACGACGAUUGGUCUGCGUCGAAGGCCAGUCGAAAGGCAUACGAGGACCAUGUCGACAGAAUUCUGCUGGAGUCCCGCACACGAAACCUUCACGAGCUCGAGAAUCACCACAAGGACAUUCGUGAAGUGUUCGCCGUACUGCACGAUAUUCUGUCCACGACAACGCCAGCACAACGUGAAAAAGAGAGCGAGCAUCUGUCUCAGGAAUACGCCGCUCGAGCAGCCAUUCUCUCUUCGUUAGAAGAUAUCCCGAACCCGACAAUCGAGGAUAAAUUGUAUAGGGAGAAAGUGAAGGCUCGGCGGAGAGCUUGUUUGAAACGGCUCAAAUCGGUACAGAUGUCAGGCCGGGCGCUGAAAGCAGCCGAGCGCCGACUGCAACUCGAGCUCGAGGAUGUUGUCGAGCGGCAGCAAAAAGUGAAGAAACGAGGGGUAGAAGCCGAGACGUGA